AUGAUUGAAAAAUCAAAAAUUCGAUAAAUUCUUCUUGAUAAAUCGUUAGGAUAAAUUUUGAAAGUGGAUGGACCUGUAGAAUCAAUUCAAAAUGAAGAACAACUUGUUAAUUUAUAGGCAUUUCAUCAACAUUUUCAUACAACUGCUAAGAGAGAGCAUUCUGCUACAUCCAGAUACAGAAACAGAGUUGAAAAACUAUAAGAUGAAGUUUGGAAGUACAUUCGACCUAGAACACCUUCAGUCUCUAUUAAUUGCAGAUAAAGAAUUACGAUAUUUGAAGAAUAAAGAGAUUCUCAAUUACAGCAAACCAUUAAUUUUGCACUCCCCUGGGAACCAACCAAAAAGCACAUUCCACUUGAUAAAUAAACCAAAAGAAAAUCGUGGCAUACUUAAGCAAUAAUACAUGAUUUGAAUUGCGAUCAGCCAAAACCAAAGACCAUUUGCUUUACCAACAUCAUAAUAUCACAUAGACGAUAGGAAGGCAACACAAACAUACCUACAUUUGAAACCUAAUUUUUAUAGAAGAAAUAUGGAUUUUGCUAGAUUGGUUGA